CUUGGUUGCCAUACACUGGAUUCCGUUGUUUUCAUGAGAGCAGUUGCGUUGUUGACAUAAUCGACGAUUUGCAGAACCCUCGACCCGUUUCGGUGACUUAUUGGGAUCAGUUGCUUCUACUCUGAUCGAGUCGCUCGAAAAAAGGCGACUUGAUUAAGCCAGUACGAGCCUCUUUGUGAAAUCAGGGCGAAAGGGAUGCCGCUGCAGACGGACUCCGACGGACGCCAACAGCCUUUGGAUUUAAUCUCAUCGCAUUUAAUCGGAAAGAGCAGUUUUUCUAUAAAUUUAAAAGGCCUCAGAAUAACGCAUCCUCGACCGAGUGCUUCUGUAAAAUGCUUAAACUCGACUGCGAAUCAAUAGACGUGACAGAAGCGGUAGCACAACUAGCGCGCUAACGGCCAGCUAACGUUAGCUGUUCGUCAACAAAGCGGGGCUCGCUAAUCUUUUGCGUCACAGAGGAACAUUUUGGGUUAAGAAGAAGAAAAAGAAGACUAGUUUGUACGGGUUUCACUUGUUCAGCACCCGUUGUAUUCUUCCCGUGUGCCGAAACACAAUUAUCGAUCACAAUGAAACUGUUGGAAAGCUCCAGCUUUGAGGCCCUUGGCUCUCGGCUGUGUGUUGAAACCGGGGAGUCUCGCAUUCUUGGCAGGAUGGAGAGCUACUCCUGUAAGAUGGCAGGUGACGACAAGCAUAUGUUCAAGCAGUUCUGCCAGGAGGGGGAGCCACAUGUGCUGGAGGCCCUCUCUCCCCCUCAGUCCACCAGCGCCACCAGCCCUUCAAAGCUGGGGAAGAGCAGCGAGGACGGAGAGAACCCCUUAAGCGACAAGUGUUGCAGGAAGACUCUUUUCUACCUCAUCACCACGCUCAACGAGUCCUUCAGACCGGACUACGACUUCAGCGCGGCGCGAGCCCACGAGUUCAGCCGGGAGCCCAGCCUCAACUGGGUGGCUAAUGCAGUGAACAGCAGCCUGUUCUCGGCUGUGGGAGAGGAGUUCAACUCUCUGGGGCCGGAGCUGUGGGACGCCAUCGACCAGGAGAUCAACCUGCAGGGCUGCGACAUCUACAGCUACAACCCCGAUCUGGACUCUGACCCGUUUGGCGAAGAGGGGAGCCUGUGGUCCUUCAACUACUUCUUCUACAACAAGAAGCUGAAGAGGAUCGUGUUCUUCACGUGUCGCUCCGUCAGCGUCUUGAGUGGCUACGGCCGGGACCGCCUGGACAAUGAGCUGGACAUGGAGCUGGAUGAUGAGGAGGAAAUGGACGGCUUCACCGAGGACAGGGCCCCCAGAGCUCUGUGCGUCUGAAUUUCCCAGAAGGACGCUCCGGCCAAAGAAUAUCUGGGCAUUUCAUCCUCCUCGUAUUUGCGUUUUUCACCCAACAUUUUCAUUUUUUUUUUUUUUUUUUUUGCUGCCUCAUCCAAAGCCAUUUUCACGCUUUAGACCAAUGCAUGUUUGAAGCCUUCUCUUCUGCUGGCCGUCAUUUGUGUUUUGUGAGCGGGUGGAUUUUUAUUUUUUCCUUCCUUCCUCAUGUAUUGGAUGGAACCCUUGUUCUGAGCCCAAACAGACCCAUAUAUACACACACACGCACACAGAGGCUCCUCUACACCUGCCACAUUUCCAAAGAGACCCUUCACGGACACUUUUUGAGGAGGGUCUUCCAAAGGAUGAGUGGCCAACAAAGACUGCGGGCGAGAUGGGUUUCUUUCAAAUGAGUCCAGGAACCACCAGCAAGGGAAACAGACAGUUUGAUGGAGUCCCCACCUGGGAAAGGGCCGGGCUGUUUCCAUGGAAACCCAGUUAAGACGGACGGACAGGCCAGCCGUGUAGGCAUCUGUUAUUUCACUGUUUGCUAUUUGUGUGUUUGUUUCUUUGUUUUAAUGCGUGACAGCAAUGUCUCUGUGAAGCUUCUUUUGAGCACUGAGUUUUAAUCUGACAGACGCCGCAUUUGUGACUGAAACUUGUGUUAUUGAAUCCUAUUAAAACGACAGCUCAUCUGUGCUUUAGACAGUAGUGCAAGAGGACUAGACACCUUGGUUGUGACGUAGACAAGUUUUUUUUAAACAUCACAUUAUUUCAUUAAUUAUACAACGGAUUCAUUUUGUCGUCUAAAUUGAGUAUUUUUUUCACUCCCCCGUAAUCUAUAACAGUUUAAUCCCACUCUAAAUGUGUCUUGUCAGUGUUUAUAUUUGGUUAUUACCUCAGUGCAAAGGCUUCUUUGAAAAACGAAUGUAUAAUACAAUUUAGAUGAGACAAUAUGAAAGAAAAUUGGUUUAAUGUACUUAUUUUUGUAGAUAUUAAGCUCCUUUUACGUUCCUUACAAGUGGUUAGGAGUCGUGUCUUUUCUUGACUACUCUGUGCUUGAUUUAAUUGGUAAAUACAUUGCAGAUGAGAAUAAACUGUUUAAAUCCUACUUUGCUUUCACUUUUUUUUCAUGUCCUAAAAGGCCAUGUUUUUAAUCUAAAUAGUUAAACUACUAUUAUGUGGUAAAAAAGCAGUAAUUGAUGUCUAAAUCCAUUCAUUAGAAAGUGCAACUAUCACAAUGAGAAACUAGACUACGGUAAAAUGUCGUCUGCUGCUUUGUUUUAUUGCAGUUGUAUAUAAACCGGACUUGGUUCUUGCAUUUGGAAUGAGCAAAGGAUCAAUAAACAAUGUAAUAAAAGUUAA